AUGGCGGGAGAGCACGCCAUAGUGCCGGUUGACCACCAUGCUGCGUUGCAGCUGGCUCUUGCGGACAAGAACUUGGGGCAGACCUGGAAGUCAGUCCGUCCCGGGACCAUUCCUUGGAGCUUCAGAGAUGUGGAUGAGUUGUCGACGAACAUGAUCAAUGGCUUACCAUCGAAAGCAUUAAGCAUCAUCAUGAAUGAGAACUUUUCUGGCGCAAAGGACUUCGUCCGGCUCGAACAUCCAAUUGCACGCCCAAGCUACCGCGAGCUCAGGGCAAACUUUGUGCUGUUGAAACCGGUAGUCCAGAAGUUUCCGGCCAAGGCGCAACAAGAGUUGCACUUGAAUAAUGUCGUUUCGGUUCAUGAGAGCAAGCUCUUGGAUGGCACCUUGCAGCAGGUCCCUUCGGGACUGUUCCUCACGGACGUCAUGCUGCUGAUGCAUGAGAAGCUUGGCUCCCGUCUGUUGCGGGGUGAUGCCAAAACCGCAGCCGGCCAGGAGCCCGCCGAGAGCUCCAGUGAGAGUGAUAGUUCCGGCGAGGCUUGUCUUGCAUUGAUGCUCAUUGCGAAACCUGUGCGUGCUCCAAAAUACGCGGGAUCCGUCAUCAUUAAGGAUGAAGCUUCGAGCGACGAUGACAGCAGUGUUGCAACGGUCGACGAGGAUAUGAGUGCAGAUCCGGCUGGUGCUGGAGAUGGAGAGAACUCAGAUGAUGAUCUCGGUCUGGGCGAUGCAAGCUCUGCUGAGAGUGAAAGUGAGGACGCAGCCAGCGAGGAUGCAUCCGAUGAUGCUUCGGCGGACGAAUCCGCCCGAUCCCUCGGUGGAGUUGCAGAUUGCUCCGGAGAUGGUGACAACUCAAACGCCGACACAAGCGAGGAUGAUUCGGAGGCCGAAGCCAGCCAAGAUGCAUCGGAUGAUACUUCUCGGCAUUUAACCAUGACCAGUCCGGCCGAUCCAGCUGUGGAGAUGCAGAUUGCCGUGGAGAUGAUAGUGAUGUCGGACGACGAGCACGGCAUCCCGGCUUGGACCAAGCGCGCAGACCGCCCCAUCCCGGGCAAGGACAGCCCUCCCCGGCGAGAUGCCCCGUCGGCGGGCAUGGUGUCCCCAAGAGAUCACUACGGUAAUCCUGUGGAUCCCAAGAAGUUUGUUGAUGCUGGCCCGACGAAGAACUUCGACAAUCGACUCCUGGCCCUGCGUGAAGACUACGAAUCCUCCGAGUCCGAUGAUGCGAUGAGUGAUCCGGAGCUUGACUUGACGGAUGUUGAAACCGUUCACCAAGCCCCAGCGAGCUGCUCGACAAGUUUGCCUCCCCACGACCCCGCCGUUUGCGAGGACAGCGAUGAGGACGACAGUGCGUCCCUGGCUACGACAGUGAAGCUGGGCGAUCACUUAGUGUCGGAGGAUGAAGCGGUGCAGUCGCCGUGCGACUUCUGCGAUGUCAUGCCCGAGAAUGAAGGAUGUUGCGUGGGCUGUGGUUGCGCUUUGGUCCCGAGGGAUAAGGCAGUGGAGGAGCAGGACAACAAGAAGAACAAGAAGAAGGACAAGAAGAAGGACAAGAAGAAGGACAAGAAGAAGGACAAGAAGGAGGACAAGAAGGACAAGCAGAAGGACAAGAAGAAGGACAAGAAGAAGGACAAGAAGAAGGACAGCCGGCCCGAGCAGUCCUUCAGGAAGACGGGCAAUGACAGCGAUGAUGAGCUGCCUGGCUUUCUUGUCGAGGCGGCCAAAACCAUGGAGGAGCAUGGGUCUUUGUGCAACGCCUUGCAGCAGUUGACCAUCGAUUCCCCGAAGAAAGCUUCAUACACACCCGCAUGGGACAGUGCACCUGCCCUACCAGUGCCCCCCGAAAUGGAAGAUGUGAUGGCUAUGGUUGAUGGCAGUGCUUCUCCCUUUGUUAACCAGGCCAAGCCGAGGAAGAGCAAGCAUGCGCAGCGCGAGGAUGGGGAGUCCACGGCUAAGAAGAAGACGUGUGUGUCGCACGAGCAUGGGGUCAUGGAGGCUGAGAAGAAGAAGACGUGUGUGUCGCGCGAGCAUGGGGUCAUGAAGGCUGAGAAGAAGAAGAAGACGUGUGUGUCGCGAGAGCAUGGGGGACCGAAGGAAGAUGAGGACCCGUUGUCCAAGCAGCUUCAUGAGGGUUUGGAGGAUCUCGAUCGUGUCAGCAAACCCAGCGGCAAGAACAAGCGUAAGGCAAAAAGUGCGAGCUCCAACAAGGCCAGUUUCAAGAGGCCCCGCGGUAAGGGCCGGUCUUCGACUGCUUCGACAGCUGCGCCAUCGAGCUCAGCGGAUGCUUUGGCAAGUGAGCCGAUCAGCGAGCCGGAGAUGGAUGCGAACCUGGCAAUUGUGCCAGCCUUGCCAGCAGAGCCGGUGGCCGAGACAGAGAAUGAUGACAAGUGGCACUCCUAUGAUUUGAAGGCCCUGGGUAUGCCCCAGGAGUGCAGACCUAAGGGUCCGGGUCGAGGAGUGCAUUCAUACACCCUGUCUUUGAGCGGAGCAACCUUUGAUGUGUUGAUGCGCAAGAAAGGGUUCUACAUCAAAAAACCCAUCGGGACCGGCAAGAAAGGCACCAUCAGCUGGGCGAUCAACGGGGGUAUUGAAAAAGCUUGGUUGAAGGCAAAGCAGCAGGCAGGCUUGCAGUAG